AUGCCCUUCCUUCCGACCUCACACGAGGUUUCUGAGACUUCACCUCUUCUAUGUGGCAACGAUGAUGACCGUGUCAAUAGUGGUAAUAUUGAGAAUGGCCAAGUCCAAGGCGACGAUAACUUGGUGGCAGUGUACACCACCAAGCAGUUGAAUCUGCUUCUUGGAGCUGUCGGCAUUGGUAUCUUUCUAGCAGCUGCCGAUCAACUUUUAACAGUCGCAACCUACGGUCGUAUUGGCAGCGAGCUCAAUGCCCUCAACAACACCAGUUGGAUUGUUACUGCGUACUUACUGACCCUCACAAGCUGCCAGCCCCUGUAUGGCAAACUCAGCGAUAUAUUCGGCCGUAAGGCAUGUUUGCUCUCUGCCUAUAUCAUCUUUGCUCUUGGGUGUCUCGGCUGUGGUCUCGCUCAGUCAAUGGCCCAGCUCUGCAUUGCGCGCGCCGUGGCGGGUAUAGGCGGAGGAGCCAUGAACUCACUGGUCGCCAUCUUACUGAGCGACCUUGUUCCAUUGAAGGAACGCGGUGUGUGGCAGGGGAAGGUUAGCAUCCUUUACUUUGCUGGGACUGCUACGGGAGCUCCCCUGGGAGGAUUAAUGGCUGAUUCGGUCGGUUGGCGAUGGUCGUUCAUUGGUCAGGUUCCUCUGUGUUUCGUGGCUUUCAUUGCUGUCUACUUCGUUCUCGAUAUUCCACCCCCAGAACAAGACCACUGGCUCGCCAAGGUACGCAAGAUUGACUUCCUCGGGUCGUCCAUCCUCGUUGCCGCCGUAAUCGCCCUCCUUGCUGGCCUAGAUUUUGGCUCCAACUUUGGCUGGUCACAUCUUGUCACCGUCGUGUCUCUAUCCGUGACACCAGUGCUUUUCGGGCUCUUCGUCCUGGUGGAAGUCAAGUUUGCUUCUCAUCCAUUCGCUCCUGGUCACAUCAUCUUUGAUCGUGAUCUCUUUACGUGCUAUAUGGUCAACUUCUUUGCAGUAGCGGGACAGACAUCGGCAAUAUUCUUCUUGCCCCUUUACUUCCAAGCCGUUCAGGGUCUGAGUGCCACUAAGAGCGGUUCGCUUCUUGUUCCAGGUAUGAUUUUUGCUGUGAUAUCCUCGAUCCUAAGUGGAUUGAUUAUCAAGCGAACCGAGAAGUUCUACUCUAUUAUGAUGCUGGGAUAUGCGCUAGUCCUCUUCUCCAUCAUACCCUUAGGAAUAUCGGUCUGGCUCCGAUGGACCCCCGGAGAAGUUAUCGGCGUUGCUCUCAUGUGUUUUGGAUCUGGCUCUGCAUUCGUAACGACACUCAUCGCCCUACUUGCCAAUACCACAGUCGAAGACACCGCUGUUGUCGUAGCGUGCUCUUAUCUCUUCCGGUCUCUCGGUUCUAGUAUUGGUGUCAGCACUGGAUCUGCCGUUCUUCAACAGAUGCUCCGAAUUCAGCUAGCGGCUCGACUUCCCGAUGGAAAGGAAGCUCGUGAGAUUGAGGAAAGGGUGCGGCAGAGUCUUGACUAUAUCAAGGAACUGCCACCUCAUCUCGCUGAACAAGUUCGGUUGAGUUAUCAAAUGGCGACAAUUGGAGCACUUGUCGUGACGUCUGUUUACGUCUUGGCGUCGUUCUUGAUGGCGUUUUGGAUAAAGGAGAAGCCUCUUAAGCGAUAG